GACGGUCGUACAGUAAGCUGUCAGAAGAAGCUUGUUGCUGGAAUCUGUGCAGCGCCGCCACUGACUGUAAAGAACGGAAGGAACGACGUCGGGCGACGUGGACGGAACAACAAGCCGGACUGUUCUUUGAGGGAACGAGUCCGAGCACAACGUGUCGCUGACCGACGACCCCUCCGGCAACACUCCGUGCCACCUUGGGGUUUUUUCUUCUUCCGCCGUGUGGCGUCGUGUCGCCCCGGGCUGCCGCCGCGCGCUCGCGGGCUCCUGGGCUCCUGCGGGACGGCGGUGACGAGGUCGACAAUAGAAGGUGCCUUUGAGAAGAUAUCCCCGACUUGAAGUUGGUCCGUGUACAUUGGUCUGUGUCUAUGCUUUGUUCAAGGCCGGACUCGAGCACCAGCAAAGGAUACCUCACCACCACUUUGCACAGUUUUAGCACCUAAACGUUUGGUAAAUAGACCCAUAGAAUAAGAGGAUGGAGAAUAAUGACCUGAAAAGGACUUAAAGGACAAGCGUGCAUUACUUUUCCCUCACUCGACUAAUAUUUAUGGGCAAUAUACACUUGUAACUGACUUAAGAAAGAAAAGAAUAAAACAAGUCCGAGUUGUUUCCCAUUGAUGGGUGAUUUCUCAGCCAUCUGGUCUUUCAGCUCCAGCUGAUGGAGGACACACCCGGUUGUCUUAAAAGAGGACUUUGUUUAUAACCUUCAGCUAUUAGUGCAUGAGGCACACAGGACAAUAAGAUUGACUUUUAAAAUUGAAUGUAGGGUUAAAGCUUUUGGACAUGGCGUUGAACCUUUCCUCAGUAAGAGACACAAAAUGGCUAACUCUGGAGGUCUGUCGGCAGUUUCAGCGAGGAAACUGUUCUCGUAGGGAUGAGGAAUGCAAAUUUGCUCAUCCACCGAAGAGCUGCCAAGUUGAAAAUGGUCGAGUUAUCGCCUGCUUUGACUCUCUGAAGGGCCGAUGCUCAAGAGAAAACUGCAAGUACCUUCAUCCACCUUCGCACUUAAAAACUCAGCUAGAGAUAAAUGGCCGCAACAAUCUAAUCCAGCAGAAGACUGCAGCUGCUGUACUCGCCCAACAGAUGCAGCUUGUGAUUCCCGGACACAGUCUGCAGCCUGUGGUAAGGUCCCCAUACUGGAUUUUUCCUGAUACACAGGGACUUGGCACAAAUACCAGCCUUGGUUAUGGUUCAUACAUGACACCCUUGAGCCAUGGGAUGAGCCUCGUUCCCUCAGACAUCCUCCCCAGCACCCAAGUCCUUGUUCCUGGGAGCCAGUCUGUCACAGUCCAGAAUUGCUCUUCAUCCUCUUCUCCCUCACAGAAAAUGCAGCGUACAGACAAACUAGAAGUUUGUCGUGAGUUUCAGCGUGGGAACUGUGCGAGAGGGGAGACAGAUUGCCGCUUUGCCCACCCAAGUGACAGUCCGAUGAUCGACACCACCGACAACACUGUCACGGUCUGCAUGGACUAUAUCAAGAGCCGAUGCUCCAGGGAGAAGUGCAAGUAUUUUCACCCGCCUGCGCACUUGCAGGCCAAAAUCAAGUCCAAUCAACAACAAGUCAAUCAGUCUGCCGUUGCCGCCCAGGCUGCAGCCGUGGCCUUUCCCCACAGCCUCCUGCAAUCCUUACCAAAGAGACAAGCCCUUGAGAAGAGCAGCUGGGCCAGCUCUCUCCUUAGCCCCAGUUUUUUGCACUACCAACAUGCUCUGGCCAAUGCGCACCUGCAGCAUCCCACUACAGCAUAUUAUCCCACAGGAUCUGUCUUUUGCAUGACUCCAGCUAACAGCGUUGUCCCCAUGAUGUACAGUGCUACGCCUGCUACUGUCUCUGCAGCAACUACUCCCGCCACAAGUGUCCCCUACGCAGCAACAGCAACAGCCAAUCAGAUCAUCCUCAAGUAACCACCAGAAACAGGAGUCAGUGCCAUGUUGCUGCUGUUAAAGGUCCCGCACAGCCAACCUGUAAAUACUCUGUUAACGACAUACACCACACACGACAAGCUGCAUGCUGAUAACAUCACUGAUGGGAAACCUGUAGGCAUCACUUUUUUAUCUCUGAUGAUAAAUGAUAUAAGGAUUACUAGGAUUAUACUCUGUUAGAUAAAUGUCACAGAUUAUUGUGUGUGCAUGCCUUUUGCACCUGAAUUAACAUGCAUCCUUGGUAAAUGUGCAGAACAUUCUGGUUUCAAUUUCCCAAACCAAUUCUGACGUGGUCAGAGGUGCAUUCAGCCUCUUAAUGACGUGAGAUCCACCGGGUCUCAAAUUCACCUCUAUCAGCCCCAUGAAUAAGAAUGAGCUUUUCAGUCAAGUCAACCAGAAAACCGAUGGAACCAAGACCAAAAUGUAUUUUUUCAAAGAAUUUUAAAGAAGUUACACUUUUAAGUGUAAGAGAUGAGAGUCGCACAUCCUACCUGAGAUCAGUUUUCUCUCUGUGGACAGAGCAUGUUGAUGGCAGGUGUAAAGGGGUCCUAUAUUGGGGCUUGUUAAGAUUUUAUCAACACAUAAUAUUGAGCAACAAAUUAUUAUUUCUAUCUUGAAUGUCUCAUAUAACCUUAAGUUUUUUCACAUUAAUGAUUGUUGCCAGAUUUAAUCAUUUUAAACUAACUCAUAAAAAAGCACUUAUUUUAACUUUAAACUGCAUUGUAAAAAAUAGAGAGAAAAAAAAGAAUAUAGAUUUUUUCAGCAGGCUAAAGGAAGCUCUGGGGAAAGUCAGUCUGUGUCAUUUGCCCUGUUCUCCUCCCAGAAAACAGGAUCAGUGCUCCACCUCCUGGUGUGCCUUUGCAUUGCAUAUACUGUACACAAUGUAUGUUGGUAGGCAGGAAAACAACAGAGAGUGAAACUGUUAAUUUCUCCCCUCUUUGUUAUCAUAUAACAAACAAACUGUUACGGUGAUGGUUGACUUACUGGUGUAUCCAGGUGGUGGUUUUCAUUUCUGAGGCAGGUUUCACAAAGAUCAGUCUUUGACUGUGGCUUAAUCAGAUCAAACAUAUACCAAUAUUACAAUUUCACAAUAGUCAGACUACAGGGAGACAUACAAAGCUGUGUAGUUCUUUGCUGUAUGGAGUAGGUUUGAUUGGCAAAUACUUCUGGGUAAAUUAAGACUUUGUUUUGGAGACCUUUUUUCAAAACAGGCCUCACGCCUCAAACCAGUCCGACAAUCUUUGUGAAACCUGCUUCUGGUUCUAAAAAGAGCCUCCGCAGCCAUGACAUUUAAUUCAACAGAGGGAUAUGGGAGAACUCCUGCUCUUAUUCAGACUUAAGUCCUUGUGAUCCUAUAAAGUUUGAGAUGAAUGGUGUGUGAACUGUUAGUCUUACUACGACAGUCAGUUGUUAGUACUGUAUUAUUUUGAAUUUACAAGUGCCUAAAGAAUUCUGCAUGCAAUGACAUUCAAGCAUAUUUAAAAGGGUUUGUGUGGGUGAAAAAAAAAGUACAGUUAAAUCUACUACUCAACAUAAGUCACACUAAGAAAGGAAUAUUUAGCAAUGCCAUGUCAGUGCAUUAGUAUUUUUGCCUGUUUAGAUUUACAGUAGUCUUACUAUUGAUUUUCACUCAUGUGAAACUCAGCCCAAUGUGUGUGUACUGUACGUACAACGUAUAAGAAUGAAUAUUCAGCUUAACUUUAUUUAGUUUCACAUCUAAGAUUAGGUAGUGUUUCCUAAUUAGUUAAAUGCACAGUAAAAUACUUUAUGUAGUAAAGUAGAAUUGAAGUGAAUAGAAAUUUUGGUGAACUGUAGUUGUGUAUGAUUGACACCACAAUAUGCAACUGCCCGUCUUUGUUUGAAACUCAGAGCGAAUGGAGGGGGCAUCUUGUCUGGUGAAGUGAAACACAGAACUGAAGUAGUUUUCACUCAAAUGUGUAAAUGUUCUCUUGAGCAUCUUUUAUAUAAGUUUUAGUUUGGUAUUUUGCCGUGUGUGAAAAUAUCGAACUUUUCUUUAAUGUUUUGCGACGUCUUUUUUCAAGUGGCCGAUAUGUUUUGCAGAAAUGUGUGUGUGUGUACAUGUGUAAUUAACUCAGACAAUCCACCAAGACAUGUUGCAUUCGUUAACAUUUCUUCGUUGUGUUUUCAUUGUGAAAAUGUACAAUUAUUGGAUAAAAUAUAUGGAAUAUACUUGCAUACAGUAUUUUACUAGUUUAACUUUAGCUAAGAACACAUUUAAAAUGUAUUCUCUUCUAUUUUACAAUGAAUGUAAUUUAUUAAACCGACUUAAGCUCUGCCGGAGGCUCCUCAAAGGGCAUUGAUCUGUUGUUUUAGCCUAUGAAAAAGCCGUCUCUGUUGAGGGAUCGAUUGUUGAGGGCAAAGAGAAGCUUCGAACACUUCGUCCUCGUCACUGCCUUGUCACCUGAGAGGGGAAACAAACCUUUGUGUGAGCAAGGCAAAGAGAAUUGAGAGCAUUGUAAAGGCCUCAUUUUACAAACAAGUUCUUUUUGAUUUUUACUUUUUCACUCCUCACAAUAACACGUCAGACAUUUGACUUAUCAUGCCAUGGUGAAACACUGUAAGUGAGCCAGUGCGUAAUCUGAACUAGUUUCCUCCGUAUGUUAACAAAUAUAUAAUCCACCGCAGAGUGAGCUACAUUUUUAAAGUCAGUGAGUCACUUCUUGGUUCAGUGGCUGUUUAAAACUUACUUUAUAUAUAUAUAUAUAUAUAUAUAUAUAUAUAUAUAUAUAUAUAUAUAUAUAUACUUGAUUACUUUCAAAGUUGAAUUAUUAGACGGAUGAAAAGUGUCCCUAAUUUAUUAGACCUGCAAAUAAAAGGCAUAUUUCUGAAUGUUUGUUUUGCGUUUUGGCAAAAAGCUUGAAUGUCAUGUAUACACCGGCGUAUGGAGGUCGUUUGAUAUUUUGAUUAUGCAGUCAAAAACAAAUGGACAAUAAGAAUGUUUGGUCUGACUGGCUGACGUAAACAUUUGUCUUAAGCACUUUGUCAGCAGUCAGACGACUGAGGAGACAUGCUUUUUGUGAACUUUGCCUUAACUUAUAUCUAUUCCUAAGUUUGCAUUUGUUCAGUAAUUCAAAAUCCAGUAUUUGUGAAGUUGUUGCCACAUGAAUUGUUUGAUUUUAGGCCAAAAUUACAGAUUGUAGAACAAACCCAAACACGACCCUGAAAAAGCUUGACGAUAAUAAGAAGAUGAUUUAAAAAUAUUAACAGAUUUCAGGUGAAGCUGUCAUGCCAGUGUUAUUUGCAUACACAUGAACAUGGGUAGGAAUGUAAACUUUCCCUCGUUUUUCUUUUGUGGAAAUACUUUUAUUAGUGCAUAAUUAAACAUUUCAUGUGGGUAGUUUUGUUCCUGUACAUUUGAAAUUGUGUAAAAUCUAAUAUUGCAAAUAAAUAAAUGUCAUGUACAUUC